AUGGAAACAACACUCAUGUGCUUUCUUUAUUAUUUGUUCAUAACAUUUUGUUACUACUUUGCCAAUUCUGUACAUGCUAUAGAAUCCCCAAAGUAUACAGUAAUACAAUCAGAAUCAGAUUUUCAGAUCAGACUCUACAAUGAAUCCUCAUGGAUCUCCGCCUCAUCGCCCGGAACUAAUUCCUUCGAGCAGUCCACCAAAGCCGGAUUUCACAGGUUGUAUCAAUAUAUUCACGGAGCAAAUUUAAAUUCUUCGAAACUUGCAAUCACUGCUCCAAUCCUAACAAGAAUUCCUUCAUCGGUGUCAUCUGAGAAUGGCUAUAGUGUAAGAAUGUAUGUAUCGCCUCGCUUUCAAGGGAAACCUCCGCAGCCAAAUCCCGAACUGAAGUUGCAGGUUGAGAAAUGCAAAUCUCAAUGCGUGGCAGUUAGGAAAUUCAGUGGAUAUGCAAAGGAUGAUAACAUUAACAAAGAAAUUGAAGCUCUUGUUAGUAGCUUAAACAAGAAGAUAGAUAAAACUUCAGAAAUAGUGCAUGAUGCGAGUUCGUAUACGAUUGCUCAAUACAAUGCUUCCUUUCGUGAAACUGAGAGGGUAAAUGAAGUGUGGAUAAAUGUGUCAGGAUUUAGAAUUGAUUGCUGA